AAAAAAAAUGAAUUUCCUUCAUGUUCGUAUCUUGUUUCUUACUUACGUAUGAAGGUAUGUAUGCAUGUAUAUUUGUAUGCAUGCAUGUGUUUUUCGCUACGAACAGUAUUGAAAUUGUUGCUCUUUAUAGUUUAGUGGGAUUUUCAUAAAAUUCUUUACUUGUUUUUCGUUUGAAAUUCUGUGUUCUCUGCAUUUCAUCGUCAAUUGUCGAUGAUGGUAGUGGUGUGGUGUGUGGUGUGUGGUGUGUGGUGACGGUGGUGGUGGUUGUGGUGACUUUUACAUUACAGUUCAGUUCGUUUUGAAGUUUUCUCAAUACGUUUCAGACGUUUCAGUUGUUUUCGGGCAUUCAGCGUUGUUGGGCCGUUUUAAUUAGUUAGUUUUCAGUGCGUUUUCCAAUUCUCGGUAUUGGAUUCAAAAUACAGAGACAGCAACAACAACAAUCGCGAUUAUAGUCAGCUUUGUUGCUCUUUAAAUAAUUUAAACAUCACAUGUUGUGUUUGCCUAAGUAUAGAAACAUCCUCUACCAAACCUACCUACAUACCUACUACUAAUAAUCGGUUACAACAUUUUAUGUGUGAAUUAAGAAAAAAAAAGUUUUUAUUCAAAACAAAAACACAAAAUAAUGAUUUUCAUAUAAAAAAAAAAAAAGCUCUCGUUCUCUUUCUCUCUUGCCGGUGUAGAGGGGUUUGAUUUUUAAGAGAUAUCAUUUCUAAAUAAAUCAUUCACUCGUACACACACACACACACACAAACAGACAUGUAUAUACGACAUUUACAAAAACUGCAAAAUGUUUGUUAAUACAAGUUAAUCAGUUAACUGAAAUAGUAGGAUUCGUAAUGUCGCCACAAAUUGUGAUAUAAUUUACAAAAACUUAUAUAUAUUUUGUAUCGCAUACUUCAGCUUUUGUCCGAAACUUACGGCGAUUAAAUGUUAUUGACACGUUUAAAACAACCAUCGAGCAGCAAUACUUAUCCACCACUGUUCAAAGGCAGCGUGGGGAAAAGCUUUAAAAAGUUUUCAAGUUUGAAAAUGUCCCAAGCAGGCCAAACAAAUAAAUUACCGUUAGCUUCCACUAAUGGCACGACAAUGGCCAACGAUUCAAAUGCACUUCUCACGCCCAUUCACAAUACGCGGUCGACGGAUAAAUCCAAUAGACCUGAAAAGCGUCGCUUGGGUAUCGAGCGUAACUUGUGGCGUUCCGAUGAAGUUAUGUGCAUGUUAAAGACGAUGCAAAAGACAAAAGCUCUUGAGCUGCUAAACGAUAAGACGGUGAAAAGCGAAAAAGUUUUCAAAGAUGUGGAGGAGAUAAUGUUUUCAAGUGGCUACCGCAAAAAAUCACAUCUGCAAAUUUGGACUAAAUGGAAAUUUUUGAAGAGCACUUAUAUGACCUCGCGCCGCACGGGGAUAAUGCCACGUAUGGUGUGCUCCGAAAUUUACAGUGAAUUACACAAAAUGUUAAAUAAUCGUUCAGGGGCUAAUGGUAUGCUAAGCGAUUGCGGAAAUUCUACGACAGGUUCCAUGGAUGAUGACGUCUCAAACGUAGGCAGCAGUAGCAUAAUAAUUAGUGGUGUGGAAGGCGGUGUAUCGACAAUACGAGGUAGCGACGAACCGGACGUCGCAGACGAGCGAGACGAUCGUUUGGAUAUAGCUCAUCCGAUAUUUGGUUUUCGUCUAGGUUUAGUGAAACCUGAGCCAGCUGAUACAGGAUACGAAACAGUGGAAAAUAAUGGUUCAGUAUCCGACAAGGAUCCCCUAGAAGAGCCUGCGGCCAAUGGCAAUCUGCAUAAGUCUUCAAGCGUACAAGUUAAGCAGGAAAUUGAAGAAGAUUCAACAGAGCUCGAAACAGAAGAGAAUAUAACUGCACCGACUACUGAAUCAAUUCUGCUAAAUAAACAGCCUAUACGUUUCGUUCAAACCCCAAAAGCCACUUCUACGCCUAAUUCAACGGCAAAUGAGUGUCCAACUCCGCCUCUCAUCCCUCUGGCAAAGUUGCCACCUUUGCGUGUGGCGCCGUUUGCGAAAACGGUCGAUAUUAAAGCAAAUAAUAUGCCAAACAGACCGCCACCGCCUUUAACGAUGCCACCUACUCCACGACCUAUUCAUGUCACCAGUUUAUCCAAUUUAAAUGAGACGUCCAAGUUAGGUGGUAUUAUAAAGUUCUCACACCCGAAUGUGAUGCAGAAUUUUUCUGGAUCGUCGCAGCAAAUACGCACUCCUAUACGUAUAUCCAAAGAAAUCACCAUACAUUCGCGGAAUUCGAACGCGUCAGCGUCAUCCAGCUUUCCGAAAUUGAAACAAGUUCCAAUGCGUAAAACGCCUUACUCUCUAAGACCAGAUCGCGCUAUACCCGAUUUAGAUGAUUCCACUUCACCGCCUGCCUCCGAAGCUUCCUCCUGCUCUCAAAGACGCCUCGACGAUGUUCCCUCUAGCAGUCAGUUAUCAAUGCAAGGUCGAGAAGAGUCUUCCCAUUCAAAGUCAAGUUUCAAUAAUAUGAAGAAAAAACGUCGCCUUGAUUGGCAACCAGAAAACCCAAUGGCCGUAAAGAUGCCGAAAAUACAAAGCGCCUACUCUCAGCGCAAACCGGUACCGGAUGAUAGCGAAGAGGAAGAACAAAACGUUAAGAGCAACAACAAACAAACGGAAGAAGAAAAAUACGAAAAACUUUUGAAUCAUGUUGUGCAAGAAGUGAGUACGUCGCUACGUGAUAUGCAAAAAGAAAUGAUGCACAGUUUCUUGAAAACGCAACAACAACUAAUACGUCAAGAACAUGAAUUUCAAAUGCAACAGGACUUAAUGCUAAUGAAAGCCUUCCAAGAUCAAACACGCAACAUUAUGAGAACGGUGAAUAAAUUAUGGUCAACGAAGCCAACAACACAACAGCAAACAACUUUGGAUGAAAAGAAAAUCGUAAAGAAUUCAAAGGAGAAAUGUAAAAAGCCUAACGAUACUAAUUCCGAGUCUGUAGAGGAACAUUUUGAAGACCAAGCUAACCCGGAAGAUGAUGUAUUUAUGCCUGAGAGCGAUGAAGAUGAAAGUCAAGGACAUAUUGAAAUGUACUUGCGAAAUGGCUUAGAAGGAGGUGAAGAAAAAAAACAACUCAAUAACGUUAAUAAUAAUUCCAAAGUGGAAGCGGGAGUAGAUCAAGAGGUGAAAGAAGAGGCAAACAAAAAUGAUGGAAAAAAUCAAGUAAAACAAACUGAUCCAAGCAAUCAUAUUCAAGACGGAAAAGGCGCAACGAAAUAGUAGUAAUUUCGAAGGAAAAAGAGCCAAAGAGAAUAUGUUUUUAAGAACGUGUGCAGUUCAUUCCAUUAUAUUUUUAGAGUCGUGUGCCACACGAAAUUCCCUAGCCCAUUCCCUAGCUUUAAAAGCUCUCUUUUUUAUUAUUAUUAUCUAUUUUCUCUUUCUUUAUAUAUAUAUAUAUAUAUUUCUUAUUAUAUAUUUUGAUGCUUCAUCAUUCCUUACAUACCUGAAAGUGUAUGUACGAAAAAAAGACUUGUUGAAUUUGUAGAUUAUUUUUCCUUUCCCAUUAAAAUGACAAUCCUUGGCAUAGCGCUUUUAUAAGGAUUUUCAAUUAGAAUUUAGGAAAUAAAGUUACAUUUCUUUUACGAAGUAAAUAAAUUUUCUUAUAUUUCUUAUAAAUAAAUUUAAAUAGCUUUCUUCUUCUUCUUCUUCUUCUUCUAUUCCUUUGAAAUUCCUCCUUUCAACUGUCGCGAAGAUAAAAAAAGCUGCAAUUAGAUCUGGAAAAACUCAAAGAGAGAAUCUCUCUCCAACAAGACGAAGCAGUCACCGAUGUGAACCAGUAAUCGGUUUAUCUUGGCCAAUAUCGAAUGAACGCGAUCGCAGUCUAAAUAUGUUAGUUGACGGCGGUUCUGCAACCGAGAAAUUUUUCAUUCGAUAGUAAGAAAAAUGCUCACUUUAUCGACGGCCCUAAAUUUUCUAUUCCUUGCAGUGCCAGCUUUCGACUGUACUCGGUCGAGUUUAUUUGGUAUCGAGAACGAUAAACAGAACCCAGAUUGGGCUUUAAUCAAUUGAACAAAUCCAUUGCAUAUCUCAGUCGAAAUCUUUUAAAUUCCUCUCGUGGAAAGGUAACUGAGCGAGUAAGAGAAGUGAAGGUAGAUAUCUGACUGCCUUCCCUCACAAUGAAAAGAUCUCUAUUAUGAACUUGUAUCCGUUAUUCAUCCGCCCGUUUAAACAUCCUAUCUAUGACGGGCGAAUGACGUACAUAUUCGUAUCCAAAAAUGAAAAGAUCAAUUCUGACUUGUCGAGAUUUAAACACAUCAAGUGACAGCUGAUGACAGCUGUUCUAGUGAUCCAUCCCACCCACGAAAUUCAGAUAUUUCAGUUGUUUGACAAGCAUACGAGUAUCGCCACGAGAGCAAUUGUAACUUGUAAACUGAUAAACGAAAUAUGAUGAGAUUUUCUCAAAUUUCGAGUGAAGAUCGGUGCUAUCUAAAAAUCAUAUGCAUUCGUUAAUGGUGACGGCAUCCUUAUGCCAUCCUAUUCACUCAUUGAAUGAUGAAAUAUUUCAUAUAGACAGCCAAUUAGCAAUAUGAUCGAAAAUUUAUAUUGCUAUUUAAAUGAAUUUAAUAUAUAUUUCCUUUAACGUUUAUCAGCAAUAUUCUCCCGGUUUAGUGAGCGAAAAUUGAAAAUGAUUGUUGUUGUUGUUUUUCUUUUACAAGCCUUACGCCUUUAUUAAUUUUGAACAUUAAUCUUUUGUAACUUAUUACUUAAUUUGUUUUUACAGUUGCUUUUAAAAUUUUUUUUUUUUCUUCUUUUCAUUAUUUUAUUUAUAUACUACAAAUUUUCUCUUUUAUUAUCAAUUUUUUUCUUCAUUAUUGUAUUGAUUGAUUUAAUGGGGCGUUAAACAGUAAUCUAAUACUGAGUGUCUCUCCUUUUUUCUGCCUUAAUUUCGUGGGCUUGAGUGUGUGUAUGUGUGUGUGUGUGUGUAUGUAUGUGUGUGUAACACAGCAUUUUGUGGAUUUAUACAAUAACCUUGUAUUGAUUUGUAUGCGGCAUAAACAUCUUGAUUUUAUCCUCUAUUUAUUCAUUAAUCUUUUAUUUGUUAAAUUUAAUCACAAUUGAUUAUCAAAUAUUUACAGCCUUUUAAA